CAGAAGAAGAAAACAAUGAACAGAAAGGGUAAAGCAAAAGGUAAAGAAAAAAAGAAAAAGGCCUCAAUGGUGAAAAAACCACCAUGGUUAGAACUGCCAGAAGGUAUAUGGGCUAAUAUACUACACAGGCUUGGUGCUGUAGAUAUACUGGAAACUGCACAGAAAGUGUGCACUACUUGGAGGCGAAUAUGCAAGGAACCUUCAAUGUGGCGAGUCAUUAACAUAGGAGAUACUUGGGAACCCUCUGAUAUGCCUUACGACUUAGAAAAAAUGUGUAUUCAUGCUGUUGAUCGCAGCCAAGGUCAAGUUGUUGAUAUCAAUUUGGACUACUUUGCUAAUGAUGACUUGAUUUUGCGCAUAGCAAAGAGAUCAGGAAAACUGAAACGACUUAGUAUUGCAUGUUGCUAUGGUAUGGUAUGUGACGGCUUGGCCAAAGCAGUUAAAAAGCUCCCAUUGUUAGAAGAGUUGAGUCUGACACACACUGAUAUCACUACAGAGGGAAUUGAAGCUCUUGGACGCUCUUGCCCACGGUUAAAGUUGUUUGAAAUGAACGAAUGUUAUACGGGACAUUAUUUGGACUUAAAUGAUGAUUCUGAUGAAGAUGAUAAUUCUGAUAAAGAUGAUGAUCCUGAUGAAGGAGAUAUAAGAAAUAAUAUGGCUCUAGCUAUUGCUAAAAACCUGCCUGCUUUGCACCACCUUCAGCUCAUUGGGAACUGGAUGACAACUGAAGGCCUUGAGGCUAUUCUUGAUGGUUGUCCUAAUCUUGUAUCACUUGACCUGCGGCGGUGCUUGAAAGUUAGCUUCAACGAAGUUUUGAGUAGCAGAAUUUCUCAACAGAUUAAAGAUGUGAAGUACCCACAUGAUUCUCUGGCCGGUUGUAAAUUUUCGUUUGAGUCUCCGGGGAAUGCAGUCGACGAGUAUAACAUGUCUUCUGAUGAUAACAUGUAUGAUGAUUAUUACUUUGGUUUUUGAAAAGAUCUACUAGUGGUCAUGUUUCUAGCAUUAGCCUCAGUUAUGAAGUUGUGGGCUUCUUUUGGUUAUCAGAUUAUGAACAGUUCUUCAUGUGUUCACUGAUCGAUUUUUAUCAAGUGUACCAUUUUGCCUUAUUGGUAUGUCAUGGGUGAACUUCAACCUACCCAAGGAUACAAUGCUGAAAUAGUGUUUCACAAUUUCCUAUCGUCUCUAUUCAGUUUCCUGCCCAAAGCAGCAGUAAUUAUUCCAGGGUUCUAAUGUGUUCGCAUGGAGCUUUCCUUUUCUUUAAUUAUCAUAUACUCCUAAACCACUGAUUGUAACUUUUUGCAAAUCUAUUUUAGAGCCAAAAUAACUUGUGUGUAAAUCAAUCUUUGGGGAGAAGGCUGCUCACAGAAUUGAAGCAGCUGUUUUAGACACCUUACAUCGAGGAUUUCGUAGCAGGACAUGCGAGUUUUAUCUAUAUUAACUAAAUAGUUCACUAUACUGUCAGCAACAUUAUCUUUCCUAGGGAUUUAGCUGAUUUCUAAUUCUUGUUCAAUCAAAGGAAACUCAUUAAGAUCUUAAUG